AUGGUCUCAAACGAAAUCACCGAGCGUGAAGCUCUCACCUCCCGCGCUGUUCCCUCGAUGGUGUUCAGCGAUGGCAGUCCUUCAUCGAUGACACCAGCUCCCAAUGUCCCAGUUGAGAGCGACCCUGCCGUCGGGGCUCAGAAGCGAUUUCAUGUGCGGGGAAACGCAGUUGUCACCGGAGGAGCCGGCACAUUGGGAAUCCGGGCAUGCGAUGCUCUCCUUGAACAUGGCCUCGAGGGCCUCAUGAUCCUCGACGUCAACCCAGCCAAUUCACAGAGAGAAAUCACAGAAAUGAAGUCCAAAUUCCCGAAUGCCAAGAUCAGCACUCAGAAAGUUGAUGUCACCAACGAAGGAGCGAUUCGUCUUGCGAUGCAGGAAACCGUCAAACAGCUCGGAUCCAUCGAUACAUUAGUUUGCUUCGUUGGUGUGGUGGGUUGUGUGCCGAGUCUUGAUAUGCCCAUCUCGCAAUGGCGAAGAAUCAUCGACAUCAACACCACUGGCUCAUUUAUUUGCGCCCAAGCAGCAGCUCGUCAUAUGGUGAAACAAGGAACGGGUGGCUCGAUUACAUUUGUGGCAUCAAUUUCCGCGCAUCGUGUCAACUUCCCUCAGCCUCAGGUUGCUUAUAAUGUCAGCAAAUCGGCACUUCUGAUGCUGAAAAGUUGUCUUGCUGCUGAAUGGGCUAGAUAUGGCAUUCGCACUAAUACUAUUAGCCCAGGGUAUAUGGACACAAUCCUGAAUGAAGGUGAUGGGAUUGCAGAACAUCGGCGGAUUUGGGCUGAGCGUAAUCCCAGUGGUAGGAUGGGAAGUCCGUCAGAGUUGACAGGGACAAUUGUUCUACUUGCCAGUAGUGCUGGCUCGUAUAUAAAUGGCUCUGAUAUUGUUGUUGAUGGGGGAGCCAUAGUACUCUAA